UACCGCCCAUAGACUCAAAGAGGGCACCACUGGCUCAAUGAUACGCUACGCAUUAUGGGUAAUGUAGUUACUAUCAUUACAAAUACCCGGAACUUCGUGUCCCAUCUACGGAAGUUUGUGUGGCCGAAUAUGUGCGUCGUGUAGAAACAGUGCUGUUUCUCGGAACGAGUUACUCUGGAACAUGUUGGGGCAAGUACCGUCACACAAAUAAAGGGCAUAAUAGUACUGUGAAAACACUCAAACCACUGUACGUGCGCUGUAUGUAGUCAGUUAACGUUAUUGUCUUAUUUCGUGAAGUGCUCACAAUGUUUGUUGUGAAACGCGGAACGUGCGUUGGAGGUCAGGUGGUCUCCCUAUGCACCGCCCUCUCGGUGAGCAAGUUCUCCGCUUGCCGUUGCCUACGAUCCGCAAAGAGACGCAGUUCGUACAGCUCUGUGGACAGCGAGCGCUACUCUUCUCUCAUGAAGUCCGUCAUGUCAUCCAGGGUCAGUUCCCAAACCCCCGACACCCUCCAAGUGGAGGACGAACACAUGUAUGGACCUGGUGUCAAAGCGUCAACACCCUCCUCGAAACCAGCGACCAGGGUUCCCAAAACCCUGCAUCCCUUCUUGCACCUUAAGGAGACUCUUGAAACGGAGGAGUCGGAGUCUGGACCUCCAACCCGGAUUGUGUUAAACCGGGCGGACACGCCUCUCGUUCCGAGUGUGACCCGCAUUCUUCAGGAGACGCUUUCCCCAUCGCAGAUCUUCUACCUGGAGAGGUGGAAGAAGAAGAUGACGGCGGAGCUCGGAGAGGAGGGCUUCAAAGAAUACAGUCAGAAUCUAUUCAGGCAAGGGAAGCUUUUCCAUUCAGCUGUGGAGGACAUCCUGACGUCCUGUGCAACUCGGGAGAACACAAAUCCUCCGGAGACUUCCGAGUAUCCACCUGAGGUCCAGGGAUACCUGGAGAGUAUCUCUCACGUACUGAAUGACGUCAGGGCCGUGAGAGCCACUGAAAGCACUGUACACCAUGACACGCUGAACUAUCUGGGCAUUUUGGAUUGUGUCGCUCGCUACAGGGGAGUACUGUGUGUUAUCGACUGGAAGACUUCAGAGAAGCCCAAACCAUUCCUGAGCAACACCUACGACAACCCUGUUCAGGUGGCAGCCUACGCUGGUGCUCUGAACAAUGAUGCCAACUACAAAUACCAGGUUGAACAUGGACUCAUUGUAGUCGCCUACAAGGACGGCUCACCGGCCCAUGCUCAUCAGUUGAGCUCAGAGCUGAUGUUGGAGUACUGGAACACUUGGUUGAUUCGUCUCGAAGAGUGCACAGAACAAAGAUCCAGACUUGCAUCAAAUUCUUCUGAGCAAAAGAGAUGAGACACCUGAAGAGAGGUCUGCAAGGAGCAGGGCACUUCAGUUACAGACAACUGAACCUGGAGUGAAAAUAUAACAUGCAAGUAGGAGGAUAAAAACCUAAACCUUAAAUGAUUACCCCUUUUCUACACAGGGAGCAACAUCAUUAAGAAGCCCCAUUGAGGUAUUUUAAAAACCAUUGAAUUCAAACCAGACUUCCCUGUACGAGGGGUCCUCGAUAGAGCCCAGGCUUUUAACCCUUGUGUUGCCUUCGGGUCAAUUUGACCCGAUUCAAUGUUUCACCCUCCUGUCGCCUUUAUAUUUACUAACAUGUUUUCCCCUUGAGGUCAAAAUGACCCCAGCUAUUAAAAUCUCCAGAAAAUUAUUAGAAUUAAUAUUGUUUUCCAAGUUUAAGUGUGAGGUACUUUAUGUUUGUUUGUUGACUCCCGAAAGAACACCGACAUUAAACAUUGAAUCGGGUCAAAUUGACCCGAAGGCGACAGGAGGGUUAAAUAUUGAAUCGGGUCAAAAUGACCCGAAGGCAACACAAGGGUUAAAGAGCCUGUGGGAGACCUCGUGCUCCUCUAUGAAGCAGCACACUGAGGAGCCCUCAGUCUGGAGUCUCCUGGCCAUGGCGCCGAUCAGGACUUUGGCCUUUCCCUCUGUGCUCGCACACGACGUGUAGGUCAGGAUCCAGGAUGAAGGCUUUCCAUCUGCGUGUUCAAGAUCAUCCUGACGGUGUCCUCGUUCUUUCCAAACGUCUAUGUUUGAUUCACCAAUCCAACCAGAGAGACGAGCGAGACCCCUGAGCUGAUGCAGAGCGGAGUUCUGUUUUAAUACUGAACUAUUUCACCUAAGAUAAUGAUUUCGUCCCACACUAGACACUCAAAGAUUGCCCUGCAUGGCUCUACCUGUCAACAGAGGGAAGGUCGGAUACGACCUCCAGUGUCAUCAGGUGACACACUGCCAGUGUUCUGCAGGAGCUGCUGUUUAUCAUGCCACUGCUUUGACUGUCUCCUCGUCGUGAAGAUUGAUUCCUUGGACAGAAGUCAUGAAGGAAAUGCUAUUAAAUGUGUCAAACUUACUUUUGUAUUUGUAUUUCUUUUGCAUUUUGUACAAUUAAAGAUUUGAGUCUACCAGAA